AUGACAGACAUUGGAAGGUCGAUCAAAGCCAAGAAAUUGAGUCCAAGAUUCAUGGGUCCAUAUGAGAUUCUUGCAAGAGUUGGUGAAGUAGCAUACCAGAUUGCUUUGCCACCACAGCUAGACAGGGUUCAUAAUGUGUUUCAUGUGUCGCAGUUGAAGAAGUAUCAACCUGAUCCCUCACACAUCAUUGAGCCUGAAGAGGUUGAACUCCGUGAGAAUUUGACUUACCGGACAGAACCGGAGCGAAUUGCCGAUGUGAAGGAGAAACAACUAAGAAAUAAGACAAUUCGACUUGUGAAAGUCAUAUGGAAGGGUAUGGCCCCUGGUGAUGCUACUUGGGAAAUGGAAGAGAAGAUGCGACAAUCUUAUCCACAUCUUUUUACUUAG